AUCGGAAUUGUUGGAAGGAGAAAAAAAAAAAAAAGAAAAAAAAAAGAACAAGAAAGCUUCCUCUUUCAGACCAACAUAGAACGCAACCAAAGAGCGACUCAAAGAUAGAGCGUUUAAAGGGAAGAAAGAUUGGAAAAUUUUUUCACGAAGUUUUAAAAGGAGGGAGAUUUUCAGAGAGAUUGAUUUCAGAACUUGUAAUCAAUUGAGUUCUUCUUGAUCCGUACAUCGCUUACUCAGUCUCUCGCGCGCUCUACGGGUCUUGAAUUGGGAGGAAGAUUCAAGAAUUUGAAGAUAUCGCAGUAUGAGCAUCGAGAGCCCUGGCGAAAGGGAGAGUUAGGGUUUUGAGUUUAAGCGAUAGAGGUGAGAUUUCCAUGGGCGAUGGAGGCGUCGCAUGCAUACCUUUGCAACAACAACAGCAGCAUAUUAUGGAGACGUUUCCAAUUCCUUCAGAGAAAAUGCUUUGUGCAGGUAAGAAUAAUGGGUUCAAUUCAAAGUCUACAGUCAAAUUCAGUGAGGCAGAACGGAAGCAGAAGAUGAAGGUGAAGAAAGAAGAGGUCGUAGCGAAGGAUGUUGAAUUGGGAAGAACAGAAUCAGGAUUGGAUAAGCCAGGUAAGAGUAGCAGAGAAGUUGGGCAUGCUGAAAAUGGUGUUGAUAAUGCAGAGAAAGAUGAAGUUGAAGAGGGUGAAUUGGGAACGUUGAAGUGGUCGAGAGUGGAAGUAGAGAAUGGGGAGUUUGUGCCUGAGAAGUCAAGAAGAGGUGGAAUUGAAAACAGUGAAAAAUGGAGGAAACCGGAGAUUGAAAAAGGAGACCAUGUACGGGGAAAAUGGCGGAGAGGGGAUAUAGAGAAAGGGGAGAUAGUUCCAGAGAAGAGUAGAAAGCUUGAGGCUGAGAAUAGAUCACGGAGGUUGGCGAAGGAUGAAAUUGAGAGAGGAGAGUUCAUUCCAGAUAGAUGGGAAAAGGGUGAUAUUCUGAAGGACGACUUUCGUUAUUCAAGAACACGCAGAUACGAGUCUGAGAAGGACAGAGCUUGGAAAAGUGUGCGUGAGCCAACACCACCUCUUGUGAAGUACUCAACUGAUGAUGUUAUAAGAAGGAAAGAACUAAAUCGAAGUGGGAAUCAGCACGGAAAAACUACACCCAGAUGGGAGAAUGGCCAAGACAGAGGUUCAAGGUAUGGUUCAAAGCUUUUGAAUGAUGAAGUUUCUCAUAGGAACGACUACAAUGAUGGUAAGAACUUUGGAAAAGAUUAUUCUUCUAGCAAUCGUUUGAAGCGCUAUAGUCUGGAAUCAGAUAAUUUUGAGCGUAAACAUUAUGGUGAUUAUGGGGAUUAUGCUGGCUCAAAAAGCAGGAGGCUUUCAGAGGAGAGCAGUAGAACUUCUCACUCUGAUCAUUAUUCAAUCCGCCCUAUGGAAAGGUCUUGUAAAAAUUCUUCUUCUUCUUCUCGGGUAUCUUCAUCUGAUAAGUUCUCUACGAGACAUUAUGAAUCUUCUUCUACAUCUUCUCGGGAAGCUUAUAACAGACAUGGGCAUAGUCCUGGUCAUUCUGAUAGGUCACCUCGUGAAAAAGCUCGAUAUCACGAUCACAGGGACCGCAGCCCUGCUUAUCGGGAUAGAUCACCAUUUAUUGGUGAAAGAUCACCAUAUGGUCGGGAUAAAUCACCAUAUGACCGGAGUCGUCACUAUGACCAUCGUUAUCGUAGUCCUCAUGCCGAGCGGUCCCCACAAGAUCGAGCUCGGUGUCAUGGUCGUAGAGAUCGAACACCGAACUAUUUGGACAGAUCACCUCUUGACCGGAGUAGGAUCAAUAACCACAGAGAAACAAGCCGAAGAAGCAAAGGAAGUGAAAAACAUAGUCUGCACAAUGAAAGCAGAACUCGGGAAGAUAAAACUACACCAAAGGACUCUGAUGGAAGAGAAUCAGUUGCGACAACAAAAGAAUCCUGUGACGAGAUCAACGAGCAGAAUACCAAUGGAUCUAUCGAGACUGUUGGUGACUGCAGGUCUUAUGAAGGGGAGGAGAAGUCUCAGAGUCCAAACCAAACUUGUACAGAACUGUCUCAUGUGGAUGGAGUUCCUGAAGAGCUGCCUUCCAUGGAGGAGGAUAUGGAUAUUUGCGAUACCCCGCCACAUGCUCCCUUGGUUACUGAUACAUCAACAGGUAAAUGGUUUUAUCUUGAUUAUUAUGGUGUGGAGUGUGGACCUACAAGACUGUAUGAUCUGAAGGCACUUGUUGAAGAAGGUUCUUUAAUGUCGGAUCACUUUAUCAAGCACUUGGAUAGUGAUAGAUGGAUGACAGUCGAGAAUGCUGUUUCUCCUUUGGUCACCAUAAAUUUUCCAUCCAUUGUACCAGACUCUGUUACUCAGUUGGUGAGCCCUCCUGAAGCAACCGGCAAUGUGUUGGCAGAUGUCACAGAUACUGGACAAUUAAACAUUCAAGGUGGUCAUUCUGAACAUAAUCAAAUUCCUAGUGAUGAACCAAAUUUACCUUCUGAUGAAGGUGUGGAUGCUUCUGAGGCAUUAGGAGAUCUUCACAUCGAUGAAAGGAUCGGUGCUUUGUUGGAGGAUAUCACUGUUAUUCCUGGCAGAGAACUUGAAACAAUUGCAGAAGUUUUGCAGAUGACUUUGGAUGGUGAACAAUGGGAAAGAUUGGCCAUCUCCGAAGGUUUCUCAGAUCAUUUUGGUGAACAGCUCGAUCAAAGUACUGAUGAUGUUGUGGAAUUUACUGACUUUGCAACAUCAGUGGAUUCUGGUUCCAAAACAUAUGUACCAUCUGACAAGGACUUUGUAGUUGAUGAUGGUGACUUGACUUCUGGACCAUGGUCUUGCAAGGGUGGUGAUUGGAGGAGAAAUGAUGAAUCUGCCCCAGAAAGAAAUGCUAGAAAGAAGCUUGUUCUGAAUGAUGGUUUUCCACUAUGUCAGAUGUCCAAAUCAGGUUAUGAGGAUCCUAGAUGGCAUCAGAAGGAUGAGUUGUAUUAUCCUUCUCAAAGUAAACGACUUGAUCUGCCUCCUUGGGCAUUUACUUGUCUUGAUGAUAGGCUAACGGCAGCAGUAAGGGGGACUAAGGGAACUAUGCUACCUGUCAUCAGGAUAAACGCUUGUGUGGUAAAAGAUCAUGGUUCAUUUGUCUCUGAGCCUCGCAUGAAGGUUAGGGGUAAAGGGCAUUCAAGGUCUAGGCUAUUCUCUUCAAAUGCUGAUGGGAAGCGAUCAGCUGAUGGUGAUUCUCAGUUGAAGAUUGCUCGAGAUGUAAGUUCAGAGAGGUCCUUCAAGGCUACUGCUUUUAUUAGCAUCCCUAAAGAUCGACUUUGCUCGUAUGAUGACUUGCAGUUGCAUUUUGGUGAUUGGUAUUACCUUGAUGGUGCUGGACAUGAAUGUGGGCCUUCUUCAUUUUCAGAACUACAGUUACUAGUAGAUCAAGGUGUUAUUCAAAAGAACAGUAGUGUUUUCAGGAAGUUUGAUAGGGUAUGGGUUCCUGUAACAUCUUUUGCAGAAUGUUCUGAAUCGACAAGGACUCAGAUGGAGAAAGUACCAUUAUUAGGUGAUACAACAAAAAAUCCAGUUUCAGUAUCUGGGGACAAUUCCUUUGGUGGACUCAUCAAAACUUCAGAUAUGUUUCAUGAACUACAUCCUCAGUUUGUUGGAUUUACUCGAGGAAAGUUACAUGAAUUAGUUAUGAAAUUUUACAAGAGCCGGGAGUUCGCUGCAGCAAUAAAUGAUGUCUUAGAUCCAUGGAUCAAUGCAAAGCAACCAAAGAAGGAGAUGGAGAAGACCAUGCACUGGAAAUCAGAUGGCAGUGCACGUGCUGCUAAAAGAGCCAGAGUGCUGGUUGAUGAAAGUGAAGACGAUUAUGAAGUGGAUGAGGAUUUGCUGCAUCAACAUCAAAAGGAUGAAAUUGCAUUUGAGGAUUUAUGUGGUGAUGCUACUUUCCACGGAGAAGAGAGUACAAGUUUGGAGGUUGAGUCCUGGGGUUUCCUUGAUGGUCAUAUUCUGGCACGGAUUUUUCAUUUUCUGCAGUCUGACCUAAAAUCCUUAUCUUUCGCUUCUGUAACUUGUAAGCACUGGAGAGCGGCUGUUAGGUUUUACAAGGAUAUCUCCAAACAGGUUGAUUUAUCAUCUUUGGGUCCAAACUGUACAAAUUCCACAUUCAUGAAUAUCAUGAGUACUUACAAUAAAGAAAAGGUCACUAUUAUAAUUCUAGUUGGCUGCACCAACAUUACCCCAGUAAUACUUGAAGAGAUUCUUGGCAUGUUUCCUCAGUUAGCCUCUAUAGAUGUUCGAGGCUGCAGUCAGUUCAUUGAUUUGCCUUCUAAGUACCCAAAUAUAAAUUGGGUGAAAAGAAGUUUAAAUGCUUCUAAAAACAAUGAAGAAACACAUUCUAAAAUGAGGAGCCUCAAGCAUAUAACUGAAAAAUCUUCUCUUUCUAAAAUUAAGGGCCUCAGUUCUAAUGCGGAUGAUUUUGGGGAGCUGAAGGAGUAUUUUGAGAGUGUGGAUAAGCGAGAGUCAGCAAAUCAGUUAUUCCGCAGAAGCUUAUACAAGCGUUCAAAAGUAUUUGAUGCUAGAAAGUCCUCAUCAAUUGUUUCUAGAGAUGCCCGCAUGAGACAAUGGUCUAUUAAGAAAUCAGAAGUUGGAUAUAAGAGGAUGGUGGAAUUUCUUGCUUCCAGUCUGAAGGAGAUCAUGAGGGACAAUACAUUUGAAUUCUUUGUGCCCAAGGUUGCAGAAAUUCAGGACAGAAUUAGAAACGGUUAUUACAUUAAGCGGGGGCUUGGUUCUGUCAAGGAAGACAUCAGUCGAAUGUGUAGGGAUGCAAUAAAAGCUAAGAGCCGGGGUGAUGGAGAUAUGAAUCACAUCAUUACGCUAUUCAUUCAGCUUGCCACCCGUUUGGAGAAGAAAUCAAAGGUACGUCUGGAGAAGGAUGAAGUGAGCUCUUGGGAAGAUGACUCUUCUUCAAGACUUGGUUCUUCUGCUGCUUCAAAGUACAAAAGGCGGCUUGGUAAAAUAGGUACUGAAAGGAAAUACACAAACAGAAGCAACGGCUCCAUAUUUGGAAAUGGCGCUUUAGACCAUGGAGAGUAUGCAUCUGAUCGAGAAAUUAGGAGGCGCUUAUCCAGAUUGAAUAAGAAAGCAAUGGGAUCCGAGAGUGAAACAUCUGAUGAGUUUGAUAGGUCUUCUGGAGAUGGCAAGAGUGGCAGCGAGAACAGUGUCUCAGAUACGGAAAGUGAUUUGGAGUAUUCAUCAGGUCGACUUGAAUCCAGAGGAGAUAAAUGCUUUAUUCUUGAUGAGGCAUUUGAUUCUACUAUGGAUGACCGUGAAUGGGGUGCUCGUAUGACAAAAGCAAGCCUUGUUCCUCCUGUCACAAGAAAGUAUGAGUUGAUCGACGAAUAUGUUGUCAUAGCUGAUGAGGAGGAAGUGCGACGCAAGAUGAGGGUAUCUUUACCAGAUGACUAUGUCGAGAAAUUAAAUGCUCAGAAGAAUGGUGCUGAGGAGUUGGAUAUGGAACUUCCUGAAGUCAAGGACUACAAGCCUCGAAAGAAAAUUGGGGAUGAGGUUUUAGAGCAGGAAGUUUAUGGAAUUGACCCAUAUACACACAAUCUUUUGCUUGAUUCUGUGCCUGAAGAAUUGGAUUGGUCUCUAAUGGAAAAACAUUUGUUUAUUGAAGAUGUGCUGCUUCGCACUCUGAAUAAACAGGCCAUACAUUUUACAGGCACAGGAAAUACUCCCAUGAAGUAUCCUUUACUGCCCGUUAUUGAAGAAAUUGAGAAGGUUGCUGCAGAAGAAUGUGAUAUACGAACAAUGAGGCUGUGUCAAGGUAUUUUGAAGGCCAUACAUAGUCGACCAGAAGAUAAGUAUGUUGCUUAUAGGAAGGGGCUGGGUGUUGUAUGCAACAAACAGGAAGGUUUUGGAGAAGACGAUUUCGUUGUUGAAUUUUUGGGAGAGGUUUAUCCUGUAUGGAAAUGGUACGAGAAACAGGAUGGAAUUAGGUCAUUACAGAAAAAUGACAAGGACCCAGCUCCCGAAUUUUAUAAUAUCUAUUUAGAAAGACCAAAGGGUGAUGGGGAUGGUUAUGAUUUAGUGGUAGUUGAUGCCAUGCACAAAGCAAACUAUGCAAGCCGCAUUUGCCAUUCAUGCCGACCUAAUUGUGAAGCAAAAGUUACUGCCGUGGAUGGCCAUUACCAAAUUGGAAUUUAUACCUUGCGCAAAAUACAGUAUGGUGAAGAAAUUACAUUUGAUUAUAAUUCUGUCACGGAGAGCAAGGAAGAAUACGAAGCAUCAGUCUGUUUAUGUGGCAGCCAUGUUUGCCGAGGUAGCUACUUGAAUUUGACUGGUGAUGGUGCCUUUCUUAAGGUACUGGAGGAAUGGCAUGGCGUUUUGGAUUGUCAUCAACUGAUGCUAGAGGCCUGUGAAUUAAAUACAGUGUCAGAAGAUGACUAUCUUGACUUGGGUAGGGCUGGAUUAGGCAGUUGUUUACUCGGGGGUUUACCUGAUUGGUUGGUGGCUUAUUCAGCUCGUGUGGUGAGGUUCAUUAACUUUGAAAGAACAAAGCUUCCGCAAGAGAUUCUGGCUCAUAAUUUGGAAGAGAAAAGGAAAUACUUCUCAGAUAUCUGCCUUGAUGUUGAGAAGAGUGAUGCCGAAGUUCAGGCGGAGGGUGUUUACAACCAAAGGCUACAAAAUUUGGCUGUUACUCUCGACAAGGUGCGAUAUGUGAUGAGAUGCAUUUUUGGCGACCCAAAGAAUGCCCCACCUCCAUUGAAGAGGCUCAGUCCUGAGGAAGCUGUAUCUUAUAUAUGGAAUGGAGAGGGAUCACUAGUAGAGGAGCUGCUUCUGAGCAUGGCUCCACAUGUUGAAGAAGACUUGAUAAGUGAUCUCAAAUUGAAGAUUCGUGCCCACGAUCCAUUAUGCUUUAAUGACAUUCAAAAGGAACUUCAACAGUCUCUAUUGUGGUUGAGAGAUGAAGUUCGUAACAUUCCUUGUACAUACAAAUCCCGUAAUGAUGCUGCUGCAGAUUUGAUUCAUAUUUAUGCUUUUACUAAGAAUUUUUUUAGAAUACAGGAAUACAAAGCUGUAACUUCCCCACCAGUUUACAUUAGUUCACUUGACUUGGGUCCCAAGUAUGUGGAUAAGUUAGGGACAGGUUUUCAAGAGUACUGCAAGACGUAUGGUCCGAAUUAUUGCUUAGGGCAACUAAUUUUUUGGCACAACCAGCAAAACAUCGAUCCAGAUUGUAGCCUGGCUACGGCCAGCAGGGGUUGCUUGUCUUUGCCAGAGAUAGGCUCCUUCUAUGCCAGAGUUCAGAAGCCUUCUCGGCAGCGUGUAUAUGGCCCAAAGACUGUCAAAUUUAUGCUGUCAAGGAUGGAGAAGCAGCCGCAGAGACCGUGGCCGAAGGAUCGUAUAUGGUCAUUCAAGAACUCCCCCAAAGUAAUUGGGAGCCCAAUGCUGGAUGCGGUCUUGAACAACUCACCGCUAGAGAAGGAUUUGGUACAUUGGCUAAAGCACAGAACGCCCAUAUUUCAAGCCAUGUGGGAUCGGUAAACUUUUGGUAGGAGUAGGUAGGAACAUUAGCCAAAGCCUCCUCUGUAUAUUGUUUUGGAAUGAUUUCUCCAUUUUUAGUUCACCGCUGCCCUAAAUAGUUGGGGGGUGGUAGUUACAUCAUUCCAGAGCAUCAUUACUAGUGUAGCUUCUUCCUUCCCCAUUCUUGUGUACAGUUUUUUCUUUUUCCUCAUAUCUUCUUUUGUUAUUUUGUAAUUCAUAUUUGGUCAGCAAAUCAUUAUUAUUCCCUCUAAUUGGAGAAAUGGAAGCAGAAGAAAUAGUUCCAAGGUUCAGCAAA